GGGGAGGGGCGAGGAAAGAGAAAAAACACUGUCAAUGACACAGGCACAGUCGACCUGUAUCAGCUGUCUUUGUAGACUACGGCAAGAGCCAUAGAUAAUUACAGGGAAAAGGACACUGUAAAACACAGCAGACACCUUGUAAAACUGACACGAUUAAAAGUAAGGAUAUCUUGAUACAAUAUCCAUUUCAAGGAAAUAUAAACACAUUGCCCAACAAGAACAUGCUGUCAUUCUACAAAACAGCUACCAAUAACCUGAUGAAAAUCCUGUCCAGAAAUGCAGGUUUUCCAUCAGUACGUCCCACAAGCAGAGCAGCCUUGGGGAUGGCAAGAGCUAGUCACUCUGGGAUAGUCCCCACCAAGAAGAGAGGAUAUGACAUCACCAGGAAUCCACACCUCAACAAGGGCAUGGCCUUCACCCUGGAGGAGCGCUUGCAGCUGGGGAUCCACGGGCUGCUCCCUCCCUGCUUUCUCUCACAGGAUGUGCAAGUGCUGAGGGUGAUGAAGAGCUACGAGACCAGAUCCAGCGACCUGGACAAAUACAUUCUGCUGAUGACCCUGCAGGACCGGAAUGAGAAGCUGUUCUAUCGUCUGCUGACCUCCUACAUCGAGGAGUUCAUGCCCAUCGUUUACACCCCCACCGUGGGGCUCGCCUGCCAGCAGUACGGACUGGCCUUCCGGAGACCGCGGGGGCUGUUCAUUACCAUUCAUGAUAAAGGGCACAUUGCAACAAUGCUAAACUCGUGGCCAGAAGACGAUAUCAAGGCUAUCGUUGUGACUGACGGAGAGCGCAUCCUGGGCCUGGGCGACCUGGGGAGCUAUGGCAUGGGGAUUCCAGUGGGAAAGCUGGCACUUUACACAGCUUGUGGCGGGGUCAGGCCUCAGAACUGUCUUCCUGUGCUUUUGGAUGUUGGCACAGACAAUCAGACUCUAUUGGAAGAUCCUCUUUAUAUUGGACUAAAGCACAAGAGAGUGAGGGGGAAGGAGUAUGACGAGCUGAUUGAUGAAUUCAUGAAAGCUGUAACAGAUAAGUAUGGAAUGAACUGCCUCAUCCAAUUUGAGGAUUUUGCCAACUCUAAUGCCUUCCGUAUACUCAACAAAUACCGCAACAAAUACUGCACCUUCAAUGAUGAUAUUCAGGGAACUGCUUCUGUUGCAGUGGCUGGCAUUCUGGCUGCUUUAAGGAUCACCAAGAACAAACUUUCUGAUCACAAGUUUGUCUUUCAAGGCGCUGGGGAGGCUGCCAUGGGGAUAGCUCAUCUGAUCAUCAUGGCCAUGAAGAAGGAGGGGGUUCCAUACGCUGAGGCCGUCAAGAAGAUCUGGAUGGUUGACUCAAAGGGACUUAUUGUUAAGAGCAGGGGGAAUCUGAACCAUGAGAAGGAGCAGUUUGCCCAGGAACACCCUGAAGUGAGGACGCUGGAGGAAGUCGUUGAGAUUGUGAAACCCACAGCCAUCAUAGGAGUUGCUGCCAUUGGUGGUGCAUUCACAGAGAAAAUCAUUAAGGACAUGGCCUCUUUCAACAAGCGGCCCAUAAUAUUCGCUUUGAGUAACCCGACAAGCAAAGCAGAGUGCACAGCGGAGCAGUGCUACACUCUGACUGAGGGUCGUGGUAUCUUUGCUAGCGGCAGCCCCUUUGACAAAGUGACUCUUGCUGAUGGGCGCUCCUUCAUUCCUGGCCAGGGAAACAAUGCCUACGUGUUCCCUGGAGUAGCACUGGGGGUGAUCGCCUGUGGAGUGAGACACAUCUCUGACGACAUCUUCCUCACCACAGCCGAGGCUAUUGCUCAGGAAGUGACAGAGCAACACCUUGCUGAAGGAAGACUGUACCCCCCUCUGAGCACCAUCAGAGAGGUGUCCUUCAAUAUAGCUGUCAAGGUUGUUAAUUAUGCCUACAGGAAUGAUAUAGCAUCCUUCUACCCAGAGCCUGAGGACAAAGAGGCCUUCAUCCGCUCUCAUGUCUACAGCCCCGACUAUGACUCCUUCACCUUGGAUACCUACAGCUGGCCAGACCAUGCCAUGCAAGUGCAGGAUGUUUAAAUCUGAUUGGCCAGUAGCCCUGGGCCUCAUACUGCCCCCAAGGCCUAUGAUCUCUUACCAAUUGUUAGCACUUUGAGACAGGUUAUUGGUUUGACAUUCAGGAAAAAAAAGGUUUAUUCGAAGAAUAUUUUAUAGUCAUCGUACUUUUCGGUGAAUCAUUUAAUCAGUGUUUUAUAUAUAUAUUUUUUUUUUUGUUCUGUUUUAGUGAAUGGUUACCCACAGCCAGCGAGGGUUUGGGUACAAGCAGAUAACUUUUUGAAUCAUUACAAAUGUCAACAGAACCCUGGUUAUUCUGUGUUUGGGUUCUCCACAGCUACUAAGCAAUCAAAUUAGGGUUAAAAGAAGCAGCUGCCAGAGCAGCCAAGGAAUCGGGGAUGCACCUAGUUGCCAUGGAAAUGGCAGUACUGUGACACAGGGUUGUUGACAUCUGGAACAUUUUCUUAAUAAUAAUCCAAAAAUGAAAAAUAUAAUGGUUUUAGGGGCGAAAACAAAACAAAACAAACAAACAAAAAAACACCACCACCACCCAGAAUAUGUUUUUAAGCAUCACAGAAACAGUGAAUCUGCUUCUCUAGCCUAUGUACUUUAAAUUCUCCUUCUCAACAUCUGUUGAUGUUACCAGAUAGCAACCUGUGAACACAUGCUGACAAGAUUUCAAACUGGCCUAAAUAACUUAAACUUGAGUGAGUAAACUUGAAAUGACAGGUAUUUUAUCUUUUGAAAUCGGGAAUCCAAAAAGAACGCUAGUUUUGGAAUUAGUUAUAUUUUAAACAUUGUAAAUAAUGUUUUUAUCAUGCUACUAUGGAUAGUUCAUGUUUUAUAUAAACCUCAAAUCAAUACUGUUUGAGUGCUUCAGUUUAGAUCUCAACCCCAGAAUAUGACCCCUUAACUUUUUUGACGUUUCAUUGUUGUUUAAUUUUUAUUACAGUUUCUUGAGGGGUUAAAAGAGAGAAAAAAAAGAUUUGUAUUCAAUAUUUGCAAUUGGGAAAGGGUUUACAGCAAUGUAAUCACUAUAUAAUGGCACGCAGUCUGUUUCAAUGGGAAGCAAAUUGUACAUUAAGCAAGCAGUGUUGAAACAUGUUUAUUGUUGUCAUGAAUGAGCUAUAUGAACUACAGUUGCCUUUGUACCCCCCGCAGCUUUCCAGCCCCCCACCCCAUAUCCUCAGGUACCUUCAACACCUGCAUUUAAAAGCACACGUACACUAUGUCCUCGCUUCUAAUUGCAUGUCUUUUGAAACAGAAUGAAAAAAGCAUGUCAAUGAAGUAUAGAUCAAAUAUUAACCGUGCAAUCUAUGCGAAUGUUAUUGGGCCUUCCUUAUCAACUUAAUAGGUACUGGAAUGUUUAUUUAUUGUCCUGUGUACUGUAUAUACAUAUAACAGAUAAAUGUGUUAUGCAGGUUCAGCAUUCAGUACUAUAGGUUUUAUAGCAUAGCCCUGCGGGCAUUGUACAUUUUAGCUUCUUAUAUCCAGCAUGGGCUGUCAGUAACUUUACACAGCCGUUGGCACAGCCUGGUGCUGCCGUCUUUGUUUCGCUUGUGUAAUUUGGUCACAGUAGGUGGGAUGCAGUGAGGGAUUGAAUAUCCAAUAUUGUGAAAAUGAAAGAUAAUAGUAGAAAUAAUAAUUAAAAUAAUACAUAAUUAAAAGCUGGUUGGGAUAUGCCUAUAUUAAAAAGUGGAUGGAGAAACAGUUUAUACAAUCUUAGUCAAAUGCCUGUAAUUUUAGAUGAAGAUUUUGUAUAUUUGUUUUGACGUGGGACUGCUUAAAAUACAGAUUGCAUGUUUAGACGCAGCAGGUGAUUUGUGCAAGAGGCCAGUAUUUAACUCAUAAUGUUUUUAUUUAUUUUAUUUUUUUUACACUUGCAGUAGAGCAGUUAACAAACUGAUUUCAACACACCAGACCUCUAAGAAAGAUAACUAAAUAACUGUGGACUGUUGUUAUAUAGUAUAGGAAGACAUUGAAACUAUUUAGUUAUCCCAGAGUCCUCUUUUUGUAGAGUUACAUGACAGGGAAAGUGUUAGUUACAGUUGCAUCUACAUACUCAAGUGUUAUGGUUUGAAUUUAGUGAAGCUAUGAACGUGUACUGUAUAUAAGUGAACAAUGUGGACAUCAUAGGCAUGAUGAAGGAAUUAACUGAUUCAGUUAAUAUGUUCAUGUGUUAUUUAGAACUAAUGCACAGCUUCACAUUUAAAAAUCCAAAGGGUGCAAGAGUAGGCUAACUCUCAAAUAAUUCAUUUUCAAUUGCGUUUUCUGAUAGCCAGUGAUUGUAGUAGUAGCUUGAUGUUAAUAAUGGCUUAAUUUAUCAAAGCCGUAUAUUUGUAUGUAAUAAGAAGACAUGGGGAUUCCUCUUCAGAAGCAUAUUGUAGGGACACGUUUCUUUUUUUGGUUCAUUAAUGUUAGAACACUGGGGUCCAUUUAAAAUAUAUUUUUAAAGUGUUAAUCCAAAGCUAACUUAAAGAAUCUUGCUUUAGUUUGGUAACUAAAUUCCAAAAUCACUCUUGCACCAGCUGUAAAACAUUUGAAUGUUUUUUGAUGUAUAUCAGGUAUUUGUACCUCCGACGUGAUAGUUUGGGAACUGAUGGCAUUGCUGUAAAUGCAGUGGGUGAGUUUUGUUUGACUGUACUGUGUGCUUCUGUUGCUCAUCAUCUCAUACCCCUUUUCCACUGGCACAUCCGCACCUACGGGUGGUUUUCCACUGGUUAUUUGUUGAGCCGAGCGAGAACCAAACUCUGAAACUGGGGUGGGGUGGUAGCUGUGAGCUGAGCCUAAAAAUAAUACAAUUGACUAUUUCAAAUUGGGAGAAAAAUUGGGUAAAAAUCAAUUGGCGACUAAAAAAAGUAAAUUUUGGUGUAAUUCAGUAAUAUAUGAAGAAAGAAAAUGAAGAAAAACACAACCAUUACCUCUGGAUUUGCCAUUCUUGACUCAAAUGCGGCACUUCUUACCACAUCGUCUACAUGCGACUCGACACAUUCGUUGCGUGUGACGUCAGCUGCAUGGCUCUGGCUCUGCAGUGGAAACACAACCAGGGUCCUCCUGAGCUGCGCUGGCUCGGUUGUACAGUGGAAAAGAGGUAUAAGAUAGUAGGCUCUGUCCUGAGGAGAUGCUGCAUUUAUGUGUCUUAGUUACUUUUGUCUGGAUCCUCCUCCCAGAGAAAACCAGUAUGUAAGGUUAAUUUGUUGGUUUUGACGUACGCUUUGAAUUGGCAAGAAGGAAACAAAAACUGCUUGAAUACUUUAUUAAAAUAUGCUUUGCUUAAAAAAA